AUAAACUUCUAGAUUACUUAUUUCAGGUUCGCCAAACCAAAGAAAAACUGGAGUUUUAGGCAUAAUUCAAUAGCAAAGCACAAAACCAGAACAGCUUAGUGUUAUUUAUUGUUCUUCCAUUUGAAAGUGUCAGUGUAGUCGUGUUUUGUCAAAUCUCAUGGUGAGGGUGGUUUGAGGAAUGAUGGAUUUCUGGCCAGAAUUUCUUGCAAGCAGUUCUGGAAGAGAGUUUGUAGCUGGUGGUUUUGGAGGCAUCGCGGGUAUAAUUGCAGGUUAUCCACUUGACACACUCCGCAUCAGAUUGCAGAACACAAAAAAUGGCUCUGCUUUCACCAUCUUUAAGCACAUGGUGAUAAGGGAAGGAACAACUUCUUUGUACCGCGGCAUGGCCGCACCAUUAGCCUCUGUUACUUUUCAGAAUGCAAUGGUUUUCCAAACGUACGCGGUUCUGUCAAGGGCAUGUGACCCAUCUGUUUCUCCGAAAGACCCUGCUUCCUAUAAGGGUGUUGCAUUAGGAGGAACAGGUACCGGAGCACUUCAAAGUCUGUUACUUUCCCCUGUAGAGUUGAUCAAAAUUCAACUUCAACUGCAGAAAGAAAGCCAGAUGACAGAAUCCAUAAAGGGUCCUAUAAAGCUGGCUAAAAACAUUUGGAGGAAAGAAGGCCUUCGAGGCAUUUAUCGAGGACUUGGUGUGACUGUGAUGAGGGAUGGACCCUCUCAUGGUUUAUACUUCUGGACAUAUGAAUACAUGAGGGAACGACUUCACCCUGGUUGCAGAAAAAGUGGUGAAGAAAGUUUGAAGACUAUGUUAGUAGCGGGAGGAACAGCAGGGGUGGCUAGCUGGAUCAGUUGCUACCCUUUGGAUGUUGUAAAGAGUAGAUUACAGGCUCAAACAUCCUCUUCUCUCAAGUACAAUGGCAUCGUAGAUUGUUUCAGAAAGAGUGUUCACCAAGAAGGAUACAGUGUGCUAUGGCGGGGUUUAGGAACUGCAGUUACCAGAGCUUUCAUAGUAAAUGGGGCCAUUUUCUCGGCUUAUGAGAUUGCACUAAGAUUACUGUUUCACAACGCAAUUCAUACGAAAGAAACUAUUUAGAAGAAACCACAAUAACACCAUGCGAUAUUCAACAACCAUUACAAGAUGCAAUUCACAGAUAUUCUAUUUGUAAUAUUAUUCAUCACAUGUUAAAACUUUGUCUCAAAAAAAGAGAAA